AUAUCAUUGACACAAGUGUUGGAGUGAUAUAGAUCAUAAUCAUAUAUAUUUUUUUUAAACAUUCAAUAUAAGUAUGUCAAUUGUAGAUUUGUUAAUAUUUACCGAAGGUGGGAAUCGAACUCAAGAUUAUCUUUAUAACUUCACUCUUCGAACUCAAGAACAUAGGCCGCCAGCCAACAAAUUAAUAGAUGUGUUUAUCAUUGGAGAUAUCGCUUUGGCAAUUCUUCUUUUCGUCGCAAUCCAUUAUUGGAGGCUCAACAGAAACACGCCCAUCACAAAAUGGCCUGUGCUUGGAAUGCUACCUGGUCUCUUACACAAUGUAUCCAACAUUCACAGUUAUAUAAACUUAACUUUGAAACAAAAUGGAGGAACAUUCAUUUUUGAAGGACCAUGGUUAACAAACAUGGACAUUGUUUUCACCGGUGAUCCCAUGAACGUGCAACACAUCACAAGCACAAAAUUCGCAAACUAUGGAAAAGGAAACGAUUUCAGAGAAAUUUUUGAAGUUCUUGGAGACGGAAUUUUCAGGUCUGAUUCCGAAAUUUGGAAGUACAAUAGAACACUACUUCAUUCAAUUUUCAAACAAGAAAGUUUUCAUGCAUUUAUUCAAAAAACAGUUGAGGAAAAAGUUUGUAGUUGUCUUCUUGUGUUUCUUGACAAUGCUUGUAAAGAAGGUGUACAAGUUGAUUUACAAGAUGUUUUUCAAAGAUUAACUUUUGACAACAUAUGUUCUGUAGUUUUAGGAUUUGAUCCUAGAUGUCUUUCUAUUGAUCUUCCUAAAAUUACAUGUGAGAGAGCCUUUACACAAGCAGAGGACACAUUGUUCAAUAGACAUGUAAAGCCAAGAUUCUUAUGGAAGUUGCAAAAAUGGUUUCAAGUUGGUGAAGAGAAACAAUUUAUAGAAAAUAAUAAAAUUGUUGAUAAAAUGUUGUAUUCAAAAAUCAAAUCUAAAAGAGAAAUGCAAGGAGAAAAAAAUUUUGAUUUGCUAAAUACUCUUAUGAAUGAAGUAGGAGAUGAAAAAAUUCCAAUAGAUGAUAAGUUUUUGAGAGACACGUCAAUUAAUCUACUUGCGGCCGGAAGAGACACUAUUAGUUCCGGCCUUACUUGGUUUUUUUGGUUAGUGGCAACACAUCCUUUGGUUGAAGCUAAGAUUCUUGAAGAGAUUAAACAAAAUUUACCAUCAAGAGAAAAUAAUUGGAAAGAUUUAGGGACAAAAGGACUUAGCAAGUUAAUUUAUCUACAUGGAGCUUUAUGUGAAGCAUUAAGGCUUUAUCCACCGGUUCCUUUUGAGCAUAAAUCUGCAUUGGAUUCCGAUGUGCUUCCUAGUGGACAUAAGAUUAAGUCCAAUGCAAUGAUAGUGUAUUCGCUAUACGCGGUUGGAAGGGUCGAGGAAAUAUGGGGAAAAGAUUGCUUGGAGUUUAAGCCAGAGAGAUGGAUUUCGAAGAAAGGAGGGAUAGUUCACGUACCGUCUUACAAGUUCAUUGCUUUUAAUGCUGGACCAAGGAGUUGUUUGGGAAAGGAUAUAAGCUUUAUUGAGAUGAAAAUUGUUGCUGCAGCAAUAUUGUCAAAUUAUCACAUUCAAGUAGUGGAAGAUCAUCCCAUAAUCCCAAGUGUUUCUGUUGUCCUACACAUGAAACAUGGCUUGAAGGUUAAUGUCAAAAAAAGAAGCAUUUGAUUUGAUGAUCAAGGGAAAUCUUCUGAAAAUAUCAUUACCAUGUUCAAAUGCUAUACAUAAUGUUUAUUUAGUUAUGAAUUCUAGAUAUACGCUAUGUUUGGUCAUUUUUUGUUUUUUUAUUCCUAGAAUUUCAUUUGUAUUGUAAAAUUAUUUGAUUAAUCUUAUAAAAAAAAAUUAUUUGAUUAA